AUGGCACCUGCCGCUACGACCCAAUCCCUCCCCCGUAUGCCCGUCAAGCAGAAGAUGGCUGUCUCUCUCAAGUCGCUCAUGUCGUCUGUCCUGGGAGGUGGGAAGGCUGCUACCCCGGCGUAUAAUGAACUGUUUGACAAGACGGACCCGGAGAAGGAUGGCGAGGAGUGUCUGCACGACUGUGAUAGCUGUACGGUCAGAUAUCCGAGGGGAUUCAAGAUCGAGGAGGAUGAUGUCCUGUAUGGGCAUGUCAAGGGGUGGAGUACGCAUGUUGUGGUGGGUACGGGGAAGUCAGACUGGGUGAGGGAUGUGGGGGAUGAGAAGGGCAGUGUUAUGGAGGCUAUUAGUAAAUCGGAUGGACCGAAUAACGGGAGACUCAUGCUUUCAGCAUCAAAUAUGCCCACACCACAUGACACAAACGACUACUCGGAGCCUACAACGCUUCUCCUCCUCCCGGCCUUUACUCUUGUGGAAAACGUACACCCAACAAACGUCGACACCCUCAUCAGCGAAGUCAUCAACAAGGCACCCACUACCAACUCACCACUAGCAUCCUAUUCUUUCCCCGCGUCACUACCCAGUCCCAAGGCGGAUGUCCCCGUCCUUGGCACAAAAACCUGUCCUCACAACGCCGUGAUCCUCAUGUGCAGUCACAGAACACGAGAUGCACGCUGCGGCCAGAGUGCCCCCCUAUUACGGAAGGAGUUUGAACGACACCUGCGGCCCUUGGGCUUGUAUCGUGAUCUUCAUGACGAGAGACCCGGUGGCGUUGGCAUCUACUUUAUCAACCAUGUCGGUGGACACAAGUACUCUGCUAAUGUCAUGAUUUACCGGAGACCAAAUGCCUUUGGGCAAGAUGAGGUGGAUGAGACGGCGGGAGAAGAGGCAGAAAAGAAUGGCGCCUCUAAUGGGACGACCAACGGUCAUACUAAGUCGGAUGUUGGUGCUGCGCAGGGCAUCUGGCUGGCGAGAGUGAAGCCGGAGGACUGCGAGAAUCUGAUUAGGUAUACUGUCCUCAAGGGCAAGUUGGUCAAGCCGGAGAGUCAAUUACGUGGUGGGUUUGACAGAAUGAAGGGAUUGACGAGUUGGUGA